AUGUAUCAUAACCUAACAGUCAAGGAGAAGGGUAUUGAUGAUUCUCGCCCUUUUGUUCCUCGAUUGCCAUUUCCACAUCGACAAUAUAAGUCAAGGGGUGAUCAUCAGUCUGGUGAAGAGGCAUAUUUUGAAAGCAAGACUGUGGAUGUAAGGGUUGAAAUACCGGGUGUUGAGAAUGAAAUACAGAAGAAGGAAAGCGGCAAGAAGAAGGUCACUGAUUCUCCCCCUUUUGCACCUACACUGCCAUUUCCUCAUCGAAUGCAGAAAACAAAGGUUGAUCAACAGUUCGGUAAGUUCUUGGCUAUGGUCAAGAAUCUUGAGGUAACGAUUCCUUUCACUGAUUUAAUAUCUCAAAUUCCUAUGAAUGCAAAAUAUUUAAAGGAAUUAAUCACUAAGAAAAGGGAUAUUGGUGGUGUAGAGAGAGUGGCUCUAACUGAGGAGUGUGCCAGUGUGUCCGUCAUUCCCCUCUCUAUUUACAAAAAGUUGAACAUGGGAGAAUUGAAAUGUACCACCAUUACUCUUCAAAUGGCCGACCAUUCUAUUAAAUACCCCUUAGGUGUUUUAGAAGACGUCCCCGUGAGAGUAGGUAAAUUCUAUAUUCCCGUAGACUUUGUUGUGCUUGACAUAGCAGAGGACAAUCAGAUUCCAAUAAUCUUAGGAAAGCCAUUUCUUCAUACUACAGGUGCAGUUAUUGAUGUUAAGAAAGGGAAGCUAACCUUGACUGUAGGGGAUGACAAGGUGACCUUUAGCUUGUCUCAUGUGAUGAAAAGUUCAAUGCAAGAAGUGUCGUGUUCUUUGAUUUCUUCUAAUGCUAAGUUGCCUAAUUCUUAUUCUAGAAAUCUUUCAAAUAAUGCACUUGGCUUGAAAGGGUUUGCAGGUGAUGAUGAUCCUGGAGAUGCAGUUGCUGCUAGUCCAAAAGUUGGAACAAGAGGUUCGGUACUCGAUGGCACCGGGUUUGGUGCCCCUGAUCGGUGA